AUGAGCCCUUUCCGCCCUCCCCAGACCAAUUCGGUAUCCAGUCUUCAUUUCGAUCCAUACAGAGACUCACUAGAUACGGAAUACCCGAAGGUCAAUGUACAUGUUGACUCUGUUGACUCUGAGCGAGUGGGGUAUCCGGCCCGCUCAUGGCGGCAAGUCUGGACAGCCUUGGCUUGGCCUUCAACGUCUUCCAUGCUGUCGGAAAACCCAGCUAAGCGCAAGCGAUCUUGUCGAUCGCGAUACUUACAUGGUCUCCGGCGUGCGAUUAUCGGAAUAUUCAUUAUGCUAGGCAUCAUCCAAUUUAUCUCCAUCGCUUGUGGUAUCGCCCUCUCAUUCUUCCCAGAUGAGUACGACCGUGCAGUUCAUAAUUGGCUACCCAGUACCGACGGUACGAACACAAUAGACAGCACGCGCUGGCCCACCGAUAUUUCGCGCGAUAUCGUCCCUGUUGGCUGUCACUCCCACAACGAUUACUGGCGCCGGGUGCCACUGUACUCCGCACUGCAGGCGGGAUGCAUAGGCGUCGAAGCCGAUGUCUGGCUCUUCGACGAUGAGCUCUACGUCGGCCACACCACAUCGUCCCUGACAGAGCGCCUAACCCUACAAUCUAUGUACAUUGACCCGCUAGUAUCUAUCCUCGAGCGCCAGAACCCAACCACUAGAUUUCACCGGGGAGGCCACAGCCAUACACAUGGUGUCUUCGGUACAGACCCUGCCCAAUCGCUCAUUCUUCUAAUCGACUUCAAAACCGCAGGCGCGGCAACCUGGCACGCUGUCAUGAAGCAGCUCGCUCCGCUCCGUGACCGCGGCUACCUAACCCACUUCAACGGCGACGAGCUCAUCCAAGGCCCCAUCACCGUCGUCGGAACGGGGAAUACACCCUUCAACCUCGUCACCGAAAACACCACCUAUCGCGAUAUCUUCUUCGACGCCCCGCUCGAUAAACUCGUCGGCACGGACCAGCCAGACAGCAGCAUCCCAGACGCAGCCCUCUUCCCGCGCACAGAUCUUGGCACAGAUCUUGGCCAAGGCCAAUCUGGUAUGCCGGCUGUAAUCACCGCGUCCACCUUCAACACUUCGAACAGCUUCUAUGCCUCUGUGUCUUUCAAAAAGGCAAUCGGCUACCCAUGGCCCUUCCACUUCACGCAGCGCCAGAUGGACCUCAUCCGCAGCCAAGUGCGCAUUGCACACCAACAUGGCCUGAAAGUGCGCUACUGGGCGUUGCCGAGCUGGCCUCGCAGUCUGCGGAAUCAUAUCUGGCGCGUGCUUGCGCAGGAGGGUGUAGAUAUUCUGAAUGUUGAUGAUUUGGUUGAUGCCACGAAGGGGGUUUGGAAUACGAGGGUCUUCGACUGGUGGCCGUGA